GAACAACAUCCGCUGAAGACCCAAAAAGAGAUCAAAACGCCAGCGGAUGUUACACUGUGACACGAAGAGUGACCCUCCAGGAUGCAACCAACUGACUGUAUGAGAUCCUGCUCUCUAACCACUGGCAUUGCUGUUGGAGAGGCCAUUUUACUUCUCUUCGCCUCAUUAUGUGGAUUAGCGGAGGGACGGAAAUUGCUGGUGAUGAGAAAGUCAUCAGAUCAAAGUACGAUUAGUGACACCUAUGAAAAUGAACCGUUUCUGGAGAGUGUGAGGGUUGAGAGGACUGAAAGUCUGGGAGACAGCACUAUUGAUAGGCUGACAAGACAGGUUGCUGAUCUCAAGUCAAAGCUUCAUGAGAAAGAAGAGACCAUCCGUCAACUACGAAACAAUAAAUCUCAACGAAGUCCUGCUGUUUGCCAGUUUGGCCAUCCAUGUAGUCCUGCAACCUCGGUCAACAGCAACCCUCCAAAAUCUGGGAAUGUACUGCAGAGCGCAAACUCUAGCAUCUCAAGACGAAACAGUAAUCCAGAACCUGAAUGCCCAAUCCCAAGAGACCACCGUAUCCACAGCAGCCCUGCCAUACUGAACUUUAAUUUUGCAAUGUCGUCCAGUUCUUCUUCAUCCAACACUUUAAAGAAGACGCAAGACAAAACCGGUUCUUUGAUUAAUCCCAAGGUUACCCCGGACACUGGUAUAAAAGUACCCAACCUUCGGCGUCGACAUUCCUUAGCCCAUCCACUGGCAGUCAUGUCUAAUAACCGUUUCUCACUUCUGGCAGAUUUAUCGGAAGAAUCAGAGCUGUUGAUAUCAUGAGAAAAUGUAUUUGCAUGUCGUAUGUUUUUAGAAAAUAUAUAAAUAUAUACAGUUACUGAAUGAAACAGAACAUACCAGGUGCCUAUUGAACUCGUAUUUUACUCACUCCAAGUUUCUCACCCUUCUUUCUCACCCCCCUGCUAUAAGACAAGUUCAGCCAGUUAUACAUAUCACAUGACAGCAGCUAAACAUUAUUUAAACAAAAAUUACUUUUUUGUAUGUUUUUUUUAAAGCUUUCAUUUUAUGCCCACUACACUAUUACAUGAAAUGAACCGCUUUCUCUGUUUCAUUUUAGUACUCACGUAAUUCAUUAGUCUAGACUUCUCUAGUCUAGACCCCCUAGUGAAUCAAUUCUAACAUUGCAAUUUUUUUUUGCCACCAAUAGGUUUGAUGAAGUAAAAUGACAUUAAUCGAUCAUAUUGGGAAUUUGUCUGGUCGUCUUGUUCCAGUGUCAUCAUGUGGAGUCAUUUUCUUCUACCGGGAAAAGUGUCGAAAAUGUGGAUGUGUGGACAAGAAUUUAAGGUGACACACUCACCUUAGGUUCUUGCUGGAUGGGAAUCUUGGAAAUAUAGUA